CGAAAAAAAUACAAAAGAAAUUUCAAAAACUACAAAAGUCAAACCAAAUUUUUUUUGAAUACAAAUUUUUGAAGGCGAAAAAAUCAUUAAUUUAUAAAAACACAAACAAACUGCCGGAAAAUGGAUCAUCACCACCAAAGUAUGGAUCCCAAAUCGGAGGAGAAUCAGUACCUAAUGAGCGGUGUUACCGAUAUAGAACGUGAUUUCGGCUACAUUUCGACAAUGUUGCGCUGGAAUGAGACACGUUUCUUCGGUCCAUCGCCACGUGGUUUCUAUCAUGCCGCCGAUUUCUUCCUGGAAUAUGCUGCACAACGCAUUAUAGUGCGCAAACGCCAAGCCGAUGUGACCAUUAUCGGUUACGCCGAAUUCAGUUAUUAUCCACUGUUAGGCGCUUUGCCGCCCGAUUGCUGGAUACAUUGGUUGAAACAUCACUUUUGUUUCAAUAAUGAAUUUCCACUAAAUUGGGGCGAUACAAUGUUCUUCACACGCUUUAUAUUCUUUCCGAAAUACAAUCCGGAGCUAAUAAUACGCAUACUUGCAGAAUUCUUUCAUCGUGAAUUUAAGAUUCGUUAUAUUGUGAUCCUUCAGAUGCCGGACGAUCCGAAUUUGCCACCGGAAGACACCCCUUGCUAUGACAUGGUUCAGGGUAUUAGCAAAGUGUUGUAUCCGCGUGUUUUUAGCGUUCAAAAAUGUCGAAAUGUGCAACGUCUCCACAUAAUACAUCGAAAUAAUGUUAUCGAGCGUAUGCGUUACCGGAGAGCUCUACCCGAAGACAAUGACGAUAUCGUAGAAGUAAUCGAUGUGGAUCGUCCAGAUUUGCGUGAGGAAUAUGGUGAUUUUUAUAUAGCAGAAGAAUUGCAAAAAGAACUAGAUGAAGAUGAUAAACACAAUACCUUUAUAGCUUGUGAGUUACAACAUCAGACCGUUGGUUUCAUUUGGCUCAAUGAUGAUGUCAGCAUACUGACCUUGGUGGAGAAUUUCGAAUGCGAAGGCUUCGGUAAUAUGAUACGAUACGACCCAAAUAAACCUUUUGGUGAGAAGCGCUUAACGGUAACAGGCAUUGAAAAGAAGCCAUCCCUUAAAUUCUUCACCAAAGAGGUGGUCGACGAAAUAUACGAUCAACAAUUGGAGAGAUUAAUGUCAGCAUCAAAAAUGCCCGAAUCAAGCGAUAAAACAUGCAUGCGCCCAGAAUGUCCCACAGCAAAGGGCAACAAUAUUGUAACGACAGUACGACGCUCGGUGCGUGGCAGCUUCAAUUAUGGCAUAAACGAAACGAGCAUUAAAUAUUUUUUCUUACGGGAAGAAUUCUAUCGCAAAAUGGAACUCAUCGAUACUUAUUUCAAGAGUCCCGAACACUAUCAAACGCAAUUCCGUAAACGUUUACGCAUACGUUACAACAUACCGGAGACGCAUGAUGAAGCCACCGAUGGCCAGUUUCCCUUCGAUACAUAUUCGAACGUGUUCGCCAUAAAAUUACUGGGAAUUGGUGAGACGACAGACACACGCUUUGCUUCACGCUUCAUUGCCACGGCUUUUACGGCACAUCCCGAUCGAGAUUACUGCAUUAUAUCCAUACCGAGUAAGAUGAAUAUAUCGAGAAGUGUCGAAAUGUUGCUGGGAUUGUUUGUGGGUCUUGUUCCACGCCCCGGUGCUAGAAUUGAUGACAUGGUUUAUAUCAUAAAUCGCAGCACAAUCUUCGGACAUAUUGGUGUAAUGAAUUUGAUACCCGAUGAUGUUUUCACCAUUGAAAGAAUCAUACAAAAAUCGGGUGCCAUGCUCAAUAAACGCGCCUCAACCUACACUUUAUUCGCACUGAAGCAAUCGUUUUUCAUACCACCCGAAACGUUGGCCGAAUCUAAACUCAUUAGCGAUGUAAUAGCGGAUGUAUUGGAGAAUCCCAUAAGCGAAUUUCAUUUCUUAACCAUACGUUGUGGUGAUUCGAUGCGCGCCAUGGAGAACAAUAUCAUUGUUGGAUUCGCAAUUAUACGACCCUUCAUUAGACAACACGAACUGGAAUAUAAAUAUAUUUUCAUGCGUCACGAGGUGUGUUUCAGCCACAAUCCUGGCGAGAUUGUCUUACUGAAAUUGCAUCCGAAUUAUAUUUGGGAAUCGGAUGCAAUAUUCCGACAAAUAUCAUGUGCCACCGGUUAUUGGGAACUAUUCUAUGUGGCACCAACUAUGAGCCAUAAAAAACCCUUAAUUAACGACUUGGUCAAACAAAUGCAACCCAUCGAACCGCGACCCAUCGCACUAAUACAUCGCCGUAAAUACAGCAAACCGAAAUCGACAACAUCCGAACGACUCAGUGAACAAAUACCUGAUACUCUUGAUGGAAAUGUUGCACUCUACUAUAAUAAUUUGUUGCCAUCGAAGGCAUACGGUAAUACGGAGCCGAUUAUAAUAAUCGGUUUCAAUAGUUUGACGCGCGCUUUACUUCGUGUGUUGCUGUUCAACUUCAAGAAUGCUAGCGACAAAAAUUGCCAUUGUUGUUUGCCACGCUUGCGUGUCGUCGUCAUCGCCGCGAUGGGUGUGGUGGAGAGCGCCUAUGACAAUGACUUUGAAUGCAGCAUGUGCGAGAAUCAAAAUGACUGUUAUAUUAAUUUCGAGAACAGCAAUAGUUUUAUACGUGACACAACACGUUGCAUGGAUUUGCGCAAAUUCGCCUCGUUCGUCAGUGCGUCGGUGAAGAGAAUCAAAGGUGAAGAUCAAGCAAUUGUCUUAUCCAAUGGAUGUGAGAUGUUCUAUGGUAAACUCAUAUUCUCAAUGAGUCAGCGCUUUGGUAAGCCACCAGCCGUACAACGUGAUUCACGCCCCUUCAACUACUUGCAAAUCAACAGUCGUUUCGAUAAAAUCACAAUGUAUCACAAACUCGAGGCCAUACGCAAUGAUCAAAACUCCAAUGAUAUCAAUAUAAUCGUAUUCGGCACACACCUGGGCACCUAUGAGUUCAUAAACUUUCUCAUUAAUCACAAAAUACCGCCACAGUUCAUAACGCUGGUGGUGCCAUGGGACGCUAAGUCACGUGAGUCCUGCGUUAAAUAUAACAUCAGCAAUAUGGAUAUGAAUAUAGAGGUGAUACUGCAAGGUAUGGUUGAAGAUUUGGGUGUCAAAGUCGAGGCACAUUGGAUCUUGCGGAAGUGGAUAUACUACUACAAUGAGAAGAUCAUCUCGCAUGCAGCAUUCGAAAAUUAUCCCAAUGGCACCUUAAUGACAAUGCCAUGCGAUCUGUUUGUCAGCUUUUAUCCGCAUAUUAUCAGCUCGAAGAUAGUCGAUUUAUUGGAAAGCGCCAAUAUUGAGAUGGAGAACUCUUUAGUGCUGGUCGAUGAUAAUUUCUGCACUAGCGACCCGAAUAUCUAUGCUGUAGGCAAUUGCACGCGCAUGCGGAAUAAACGCAAUCAUCAGUAUGUUCAUGUGGCAAAGGAGGAGAAAGCGGCUAAGCUAAUUAGAAGUCUAAAUCUACAUUGGGAUGAAGAACCGCCAGGCACGGAGAAAUAUCUACAACCCGUUUAUUUUCAAGCGCAACUACCGUUAGGCCAUUACAUGGCUAAAGCGAUCUUACCCAAACGUUAUAUCGCCAAUCAUCUGGAUAACAAUUAUAUGCUAACACUAGUCACCUAUGAUGGCAAUUUCUCACGUGUACGCAUCAAUGAGCAUGGCAUUGUAGAGGAGAUCACUUGUGUCACCAGAGCUAAACGCAGCUUUGAUCAUUUACAAUACUUUGUGGGUAAGCAUCAGGCGCUGUUGAAUGAUUUACACACGCGUUGGUACCUCAACGACAUCACCAGUUUUGUUGAUUUCUUCGAGGAACCAUGGACCGAACUGAUCAUGCAUCCCAACUUUGAAAACUUGAGCAGCCGUAUACAUACGUUUGGCAAGGAAAUGGCCAAGGAGGUCAUGGAUAUGGAGCUGGGUGUGGAUCGGCGUAGACGCAAGCAAUUCAUGAAACAGUACAUGGCCGAUGCGGGGCAUACGGAGGAGGUUGAGAAAAGCUUAUUGCGUUUCUUGCGCAAACAUCGCGAUGACUUUAUAUAUCCGUUUGCAUUACCGGAGGACUUCCAUCUAAAUUUAUCGAGCAAGUUGAAUAUAUAAGGUUUAUUUUUUACUGUAUUUUUUGUAUAACAGUUUUGACUUCUAUUUUUGUAACGAAAUUCAGCAAGUAUUACAUAACUGUUCUAAUUCAUAUGUGCUUAAAUAUAUAUAUUUUUCGUUAUUUAC